AUGGCUUCACCAGCCAACCGGGCGACGUGGGCCGACCAUGAGACCGAAGACGAAGUGGAGGAAGAAGACGAAGCGGAGGACGUCAUGGACGACGCGCCCAUGCGCAUCACUGGACGCGUCUUCAUUGGGUCUAUUGACGCCGCACGGAACGCGACGGCACUGAAGCGGUGGCGCAUUGGCGGAGUGCUUGCAGUGCAUACCAAAGGAGAAGCCGAAGCUGCAGUAGCGCGUCCGUCUGUUGUUGGAAGUGCUGGAGACGCCGACGAGCUGCAGUGCACGCGGAUAAGUGUUGAAAUGGAGGACUCGAGAGCCGCCGACUGGAUACGAACGAUACCGGGCAUACUGGCGAAGCUGGAGACGCUCUUAGGAAAAGCGGAGCGCGACGAUACGAACGUGCUGGUGCAUUGCAUUGCUGGUCGAUCGCGCUCCGUGUCGGUGGUCGCAGCAUGGAUGUUGGCAAGUGAGUCCAAGCAGCAGAGUGUGCUGGACGUUGUUGACCGGAUCAGACUCAUCCGCCCAUGGAUCGAGAUCAACCCGUGUUUUACGCAGGACCUACACCUGUUCCACGCCGUGCUGCAAACAACGAACGGAUCGGUGCUGAGAGCUGAAGAUGCAAAGUUGUUGACGGACCGUUCCUUCCCGCGCCUGGACUUUGGCGCGAACCUCGUCGACAUGGUGCUCCAAGGCACAAAGACCAUCACGAUGCGUCUAUUGUCCGACAUCGAAGCCGACUGUAACUCGGACUUGGAAAUCAUCUUCCCACACUCUGUUGUCGUAGCAACAACCGCAGCGACUUGUGGCUCGCCAACGCGAUCGCGCUUUGCCUACUUGCGAAUCGAUCGGGUCGAGACGCAGGAACUGGUCGCCAUCGACCAAACUACGCUUCGCAAGUCUGGCUUUGAGUCAGCUACAGAAGCGCUGGCUUUGCUAGAGCAGUUUUACCCAAACGUGACGGCCACGACACCGCUACUGAUGCUGCACUUCGACUGCCUAUGCCCACUAUAG